AUGGCGGAACAACAGUCACCUCCACCGGCCGGUACCCGCGAUAAGCUCGAAGCCCAAAUCAAGUCUGCAGAUAUGACGGAAGACAUGCAGCAAGAAGUAAUCGACGUCGCUCAGGAAGCUAUGGGCAAAUAUACCAUCGAGAAGGACAUUGCACAGCACAUCAAGCGUACCUUCGAUGAACGAAAGGGUCCGACUUGGCACUGCAUCGUAGGAAGGAACUUCGGAAGUUUUGUCACUCACGAAACGAAGCACUUCAUCUACUUCUACCUAGGACACUGCGCCAUCCUGCUCUUCAAGACGCAGUAG